AUGGCGGAGCCGGCGGACUAUCCCCCGUUCCAGCUGGGGAAGCCCCGCUUCGAGCAGACUUCAUUUUAUGGCAGAUUCAGGCACUUCUUGGACAUCAUCGAUCCGCGCACUCUCUUUGUUACUGAGAGUCGUCUGAAGGAAGCUGUGCAGUUGUUGGAGGAUUACAAGCAUGGGACUUUGCCCCCAGGAGUCACCAACAAAGAGCUGUGGGGAGCUCAAAAAAUAAAGCAGGCCAUCAUCCAUCCCGAUACAAAUGAGACCAUCUUCAUGCCUUUCCGAAUGUCAGGUUACAUUCCCUUUGGAACACCCAUCGUUGUUGGUCUCCUCUUGCCCAACCAGACGCUGGCAUCCACUGUGUUUUGGCAGUGGUUGAAUCAGAGCCACAAUGCCUGCGUCAACUAUGCAAACCGCAACGCGACAAAGCCUUCUCCGACAUCCAAGUUCAUCCAGGGCUACUUGGGAGCUGUCAUAAGUGCUGUCUCAAUAGCAGUGGGCCUUAAUGUUCUGGUUCAGAGAGCGAACAAGUUUACGCCCGCCACUCGUCUCUUGAUCCAGAGGUUUGUGCCAUUCCCUGCUGUCGCUAGUGCCAAUAUCUGCAAUGUUGUCCUGAUGAGGCACACAGAGCUGGAAGAAGGAAUUGAUGUUUUGGACAAUAACGGAAACAUUGUCGGGUCUUCCAGAAUUGCUGCAAAACACGCACUGCUAGAAACGGCCCUGACUAGAGUGGUCCUGCCAAUGCCUAUACUGGUUCUACCUCCAAUUAUUAUGUCCAUACUGGAAAAGUAA